AUGACUGGGCAAUUACAUCGUUCCCUUGAAUCCCCGCCGUUGGCUCCCCAGCUUGAAUUGCUGGCAAUUGAAAAGAGGGGCACCCGCGUUGACGCCGUGGCUGCUCAGUCGGCUUCACAUACGUUGCCUAGGUCCAGCCCCGAACAGCCAAAGAAGGACGUGCCCGUCCUUGGCUUCGGCUCUCAGUGGAGCUCCGAUCUCACUGGCGUGCUGAAGUCCACCCUGAAGAAGGAACUCAAAAUUAACAAUACUCAGUUCUCUCUGCUGGAAUCCAGUGAAGAUUUCACUAUCACAGCCCUCAUGUUGGUCGGCGGUAUCGUGACCGACAGAAUAGGUGGCGCAAGUGCCAUGUUAUAUGGGAAUGCAAUCUACACGGUUGGCUCGAUCCUGGUCGCAGCAGCUGCACAGAUUCGAUCGUACAAAUUCAUGGUUGCAGGGAGAGUUGUCCGUUCUUUAGGCGGCAUCGCCACUCAAGUUGCCCAGCACAAGGUCUUCUCCUCCUGGUUCGCUCCCAACGAUGGCUUUGCCUCAACGUUGGGCUUUGAACUCGGCAUGGGCAACGUGGGUGCUUUUGCGGGAAAAGCGUCGGCCAAUAUCAUCGCCAAGGCAUGUCUCCUCCAUUCAAAUACCGGUGACUUUGCCUGGGUUUUCUGGGUCGCCGUCUUCAUGAACCUGCUCACCAACAUGAUGACCGGGAUCUUCUACUGGUUUACCAAGAUGGCCAAUCGCAAGUUCCAGGGCUCCCAAGACCCUGCAACAGGUGAGAUGUUGAACGAGAAGAACAGGAGGUUCGAGUUGCGCAAGGUCUUGGAACUCCCAUGGAUGUUCUGGUGUAUCCAAGCAUUCUCAUUGUUUGAGACAAGCACCGUCAUCGUCUUUCUGCAGAAUGCGACAGAACUAGCAGAGCAAAGGUUUUCAACCAGUUCCAUCUCCGCCGGUUGGUACAGUGCCGCUCUCCAAUAUGCGGGAUGCUUCAUUUUCCCGUUACUCGGCAUAUUCCUCGACAUGUUUGGGAAUCGACUGUCUGUCUUGUUGUUUUACAGCCUGGGAGUCUUCACAUCUAUGUGUCUUGUCCGCUUCGCCAGCCAUACUAGUGGCACUGCCGCUUCCUUUGGUGUCUUUGGCUUUACAUAUUGCUUCGGCCUGACAACCAUCAUCGACAGCAUCCGCACGUCUAUGUGGCAUAGCUCGGUCUUUGGCUCUGCCUACUCCCUCAAGUUUACGAUGAAUAAUGCGGUCAUCACUGGCGCCAUCCAAGAUCGCGACAACAACGUCUACGAUAACGUGACAAUCGUCUACCUCGUCCUGGCGGCCUGUUCGGUCGCAGUGUCACUAUUCCUUAUUGCCUUGUCCUGGAAGUCUGUCGACCUGGGCCUCUUGCAAUGGACGCGCAAACAACGCAUUAGCAACGGUGCAACAAUCAACGAGCGCAAGCGUCAAUUCUACGAAAAGGAUGGUGCAAGGAACCGGCUCCUCUCCAAGACCUGCUUUGGGAUCUGUGUACUACUUGUGUUUGGAAGUUGGGGCGCAUAUUUCUGGGGUAUUGCGACAGAAAACCAUGACUGA